AAUGUAGUGUUAGAGUUAUUAUUCUGCUCUCAAAGAUCUAGAUCUGCAGAGCUAGUGGUAGCUAGUGGAAACUUCAUUUCUACUCUGGGUUGUUGUGUUUUAUUUAUUUGGAUUGAUUUAGUGUCUCUCUCUUUAGUUUAAGUGACAAAUGUCUUGGCCUUUAUUGCAAUUUAGCAUGCUUUGAUAGAACUUUGACAUACUUCAACUGUAAUUUUUGUCAUUCAGUUAGCUUAACUUUCCCACCUGUUAUCAUCUCAUCACCCUCUUCUUAAGCUUUAUCACAUUUUAUCUGUUAAUACUGAUUGCAUAUGACAUUUACUCUGUUUUCUGUUGUUCUAUUUGCAUUAUGUUUUUCCUAUUCUUCAGAAAUGGGAGGAGGAUCUUUUAGUCAGCCACGGAAGGAGCUGCCAGACAAUCUCAAUUUUGUGAAAUGUUAUCGGCCUCGGAACAGAGAUGUCAAACAUCUCAGGAUUCUGCUUCAUGGACCAGUUGGUGCUGGCAAGUCCAGUUUCAUCAACUCUGUUGAAAGUGUGUUACAAGGCAGAGUUACCGGGCGAGCUCUGCCAGAUGCAAUCUCUGGGAAAAGCUUUACUAAAAAAUACUUACCGUACAAAUUCGAAAAAUGUCCAGGGAAUUACUACUCUUUCAUUUUCAAUGACAUCAUGGGGUUUGAGCAAACUGACAGUGGAGUCCAUGUGGAAGACAUCAAACUGGCUCUGAGCGGACACGUGCAAGAGGCUCACAAGCUCGAUCCUCAGUGCCCACUGUCAGAGGGCAACCCAGGCUACAACUCAUCUCCGACUCUGAGUGACAGAGUUCACGUUCUGGUUUCUGUUGUUCCUGCUGGCAAUGUAUCUUUAAUAAGUGAUGAAAUUCUGGAGAAGAUGAGAGAAGUCAGACUGGCAGCCAGUGAAAUGGGGAUUCCCCAACUGGCUAUUCUCACCAAAGUUGAUGAAGCCUGUCCAGAGGUCAAAGCAGAUAUUACAGAAAUCUAUGACAACAAGUACCUGAAGGACCAGGUCAACAAGUUCCACUUGUUGCUGGGGAUUCCACUGAACUGCAUCUUUCUUGUGAAGAACUACAGCAGGGAGAACAAAACAAAUGAUGACACUAAUACUCCAAUAGUCUGUGCACUGAAACAGAUUCUUUUGUUUGGAGAAGACUAUCUGAACAGCCUGUAGACCUGCAAACUGCUGAGGCAAACCUUUCAUGAUUAAAGCUACUUUCAAGCAUGUUAUGUUUAUAAUAUUUAUUAAAUGUGCUCCAAAAUCCAA